UCUCAUCCCCCUGCUCUCGUGCUCCUAUAUAACCUCUGACACGGACCCUCUGCUCGGCCCUCAUGUGAAGACGAGCUGGGGGAAGAACUUCUAGAGUCUCUUUCUGGAGGUUUUGGGUUCGUUGUUUUUUCGGUUCUUUAUCAGAAAACUCAUUUUUGGGGCGUCCUGCACGACCUUCAGACCCAACAGCAUCCAGCUGCCACCUUGAUGAUGAUGAUGAAGAUGAUGAUGAUGAUGAUGCUGCUGCACGGCACAGAGGCCAAGAUGGACAUCAUCAGCAGCAAGCAGGACGUCCAGGUGGGAGAAGACAUCCUGCUGCUGUGCAAAGCCGGAGGAGAGGGAGACAUCCUGUGGCAGAAGGACGGCGAAUACAUCACCGACAAAGAGCAGGUGUCCAAGAUAGACGAGUCCACCUCUAAGCUGCUGGUCCGGAGGGCCGCGGCGCCGGACGCGGGCCGGUACACUUGCCUGUGUGAGUUCGACAGCGGGCACAGUGACGAGGUGACGAUGCAGCUCUACGUGUACGAGGGUCCAUCCUUCGGGAGCACCAGCACCUACCACGAGUUCCUGGAGGGCACCGACGGACUGCUGCCGUGCCAGGUGACCGGCCAGCCGGCCGUAGACGUCCACUGGCUCCGGCACAAGGAGCUGCUCUCCUCUGACGGAGGAAGGCGCGUGCGCCGGCUGCCCGACGGCGCGGCGCACAUCGGAGCGGUGAGGCGGGAGGACGCGGGGACGUACGUGUGCGUGGCUCAGAUCCGAGGACGGCCCAUCACGCAGGAGCUCCUCGUGUCCGUCGUCGUCAACGCUCCUGCCUCUGCGCGCCUGAGAGAAGAGGAGAGGAGGGUUCUGGCCGGCCCGGAGACCAACGUGUCGCUGCUGUGUCUGGUGGACGGCCUCCCCAAGCCCAACGUCACCUGGACCAUGCCGGUGCUGUUGGACCCGACGCGCCGUCAGUUCAACUCGGACCACAGCCAGAUGACCAUCAGCUCUGUGAGCCGGGCCGACUACGGAGAGUACGUCUGCACUGCCAGCAACAAGAUAUCGGAGAGCAGCGCCACCUUCAGGCUGCAUGUCGAUGAGGCCCCGGAGGUGUUUGUGUCUGCAGAGCAGCAGAGGGCGUCGCUGGGGGACAGAGUGUCCGUGUCCUGCAACGUCUCUGGCCAUCCUCAGCCGGAGCUGCACUGGCUCAACAAGCACAACGGACACACACUGGACUCCAGCUCUGGUCCAGUCCGGGCGGUGGACGGUGCCUUGGUGAUUGAUGAGGUGGCGCCCUCUGAUGGUGGGACGUAUUCCUGCAUGGCCGUCAGCACCUCUGGCAAUGCAUCCAGAGACGUUGCAAUCCACACCCAGCCCGGUGCGCCUCACGACCUGUCGGUCUCACCUGGACUGACCUCAGUCCUCUUCUCCCUCAAGUCCCUCCCCGUCAGCGGAGGAACACCAAUCACCAGCUUCGUCCUGCAGUGGAGGCAAAGGGCAGCAGGGCCGUGGAAGGAGGUCACGGUCCCGGCUUCAGGUCCUCUCUCCGUCUCCUCGCUGCAGCCCUACACACUGUACACGGUGCGCCUGGCGGCCUUGAAUGCAGUGGGAGUGGGACAGUUCUCAGACACGCACCCCGCUCGCACCCAGGGAAUACGAGGAGAACCAGACCGCCCGGUGCUGUUGACCAAUGAGAUGACAGUCGAGGGAAACUCCUUCUCUGUCCCUCUUCAGAAGGCCGACGACGGUGGAACUCCUCUGCAGCACUUUGACCUACGAUACAAACAGGAUAAAGAGGGAACGGAGUGGACAGAGAUGGAACUGCCGCCCAACGCCGACUCCGUCUCCCUCAAAGAUCUGUCCUUCGGCUCAGACUAUCGACUGGAAGUUGUAUCCAUCAACCCGAAUGGUUCCUCCAUCCCAGCCAUCUUCAACUUCACCAUCGCAGACCAGCCUGUCCAACCGAGCCGCCUGACCAACGGCAGCGUGGUCGGCAUCGUCAUGGUGAUCUUCUUGGUGAUCUUCCUGGUGGUGGACGCCACCUGCUGCUACAGGAACCGCUGCGGUCUGCUCAUGUCCAUCUCCGUGAAGGUCUUCGGCCAGAAGCACCCCGGCCUCCGAAGACUGGAACAGGGAGAAGGAACCAACGGAGAAGUUAAGCUGAAGAGCAUCUCCACCCCGAGAGGCAGUGUGCAACUUUCAGAAGCAGGAGAGCAGAAACUCACUAAGGACGGGGGGCCAAUCCCUGAGGUCACCUGUGACAAGGCCCCCCUCACCCAACACCAGAAGAACCAGGCGGGUAGAGACCUGCACGCUGGCAACGCGUGAGGCCAGAAAGAAGAGGAACGAGAAAGAAGAGGAAGGGAGGAGACAACAAGAGGACAUAUCGAACCACGCUGGGUGUUCAGGACGGAGACAGAACCGUCCGCCAUCUUGACGGUCAAUGCAUGUGCACUGGGAAAAACGUGUUUUACGGGGUAACUGUGUUGUCUGUGUUUUACAGGGUAACUGUGUUGUCUGUGUUUUACAGGGUAACUGUGUUGUCUGUGUUUUACAGGGUAAAUGUAUUGCUGUUAUAAAUUAUUUUUUAUAUUGCUAUAUUCACUCAAAGUCACAAAAACAAGUUUACCUUCUGUAUUUUGAAUGUAUUUGUCACUGUAUUCAGCAUUAACUUAACCUAUCUAGCCUUUAUAUGCUUAUCAUGCACUAAUACGUAUUGUUUUCAAACCGUACAUGAGAGAUAUGAGUUAUAUGAGAGGCUUUGACUUUGUAGCCACCUUAACUAUUAAGCUGGCUACAAAGUCAAACUUUUAUAAAUGGUUGUAUAGCACUGGCCAUUUAGGGAAACUGUAAUUAAAAGCAUCUUUUAUUAUGAGAACCUUCUUCAAAGUACCUGUAAUAAUAUGUGUCAGAAAUAUAUAAACCUAACAAAACAUAUUAAUGUUGUAAGUUAUUCUGUUUUUAUAGUCGCUAUAUUUACAGUAUUUAAAUAUGUUCAAGUGACAAUGUUGGUCAUUACAACUGCAAACUGACGGACCAUAUUAAUGAAGUGUUUUGGAUAUUAUUGUGAUAGUCAAAUAUUUAACUUGCAGCUUUUUUGUUUUGAGAUACUUUGACAUAAUGAUGUCAUGUUUGCAAAUUGCCAUGUUAAUGAAGUGUUUUUUAAUAGUAAUGUAAUAUUUCUCUGAACACUGUAAUCUGUAUAUAUGCACAUGUCAUUGCAUCUUUUCCUUUGAUAAAAACACUGUAAAAUAA